AGGGAUUAGUUAAUUUCGGUUAAUCAAAUGAUUAAAUUGUCUAAUUGUUACCAUUAUUUUUGGUGUUCAUCUUCAGUUACUUUCGUUAAAUUAAUUUGUGUCUUCAUUGUAACUUGAAGUUAAUUUGUUUCUUCUCUUUAAUGAAAAAAGUUCUUCUUCUUUCUCUCUAAUCACUUUUCUUGUUUGUGUUAAUCAAGAAUUGAUAUUUGACCUCACUUUUUGUUGGAUAGAAAAACAAUUUGUAAUUGAAAAGCUCAUUUAGAUCUGUUAAUCUUUUUCUCAUCCAAUCAACAAUAAUCACUAAUCCACUACUAAUCAUGACUACUGAAAAAAUCUCAUCUCUUAAUACCAAUAAUGUGACCAUCGCUAAUUCAAUUAACUUAUCACAAGGUGAUCUAAAUGGUGAUCUAAGUGAUCCAAUUUUAAUCCGACCAAUUGUUAUAUGGGGUCCAAGUGGUGCUGGUAAAUCAACUCUCCUCAAACGUUGUAUGCAAGAGCAUAAAGAUCAAAUUGCAUUUGCUGUUUCUCAUACUACAAGGAAACCUCGAACAGGUGAAAUUGAUGGCCAAGAUUAUCAUUUCGUUGAAAAAUCAGUAAUGGAAAAAGCUAUCGAAUCUGGUGAAUUUGUGGAACACGUUGAAUUUUCUGGUAACCUUUAUGGGACCAGUAAAAAAGCUCUGGAACAGGUACAGAAAGGUGGACAAAUUUGUGUAUUGGAUUUAGAGUUGAAAGGAGUUCUAAGUGUUAAAAAAUUGAAUCUCAAACCAUUGUUCAUCGCCAUUAAACCGCCGAGUCUCGAGAUUCUCGAGCAACGAUUGAGAAAUAGGGGAACAGAAUCUGAUGAAAGUAUCACCAAACGCUUACAAAGAGCCAAGGAUGAUUUAAAUAUCAAUGGACUCGAGAAGUUAUUUGACUUGAUCAUCAUUAACGAUGAUAUUGACGAUGCAUUUGCAGCUCUAAAUAAUAUUAUUGAAACGAUUUUACAGAGUAAAUCACUUCCAGAGUCUUGUAUAUGUUCAGACAUGAUGAUGAUGAUGGAUAAAUCAACUGAAGACAUACCAAUUUCCAAGAAUAAGACAAACAAAACCCGUCGGGUUAGUUGUUCAGCUACUUGUCGACAUUGUUAUGGUAUUAAUUUAUUGAAGAAUCAAUUUGCUGUUGAAUUAAAUGAGGCCAUUAUGUGUGAUGCCGAGGAAUCCAUUGAAUUGGAAAAAAGUAAAGACGUUAAAAAGCAUUGGCCUAAUUUGACCUUUUCCACGGAGAAAACAAGUAAAGACAAAACAAUCAAGUAAAUUGUUGCGAUCAUCUAACGAAAAUCAUAAUCAUAACGUUCAUCAUCAUCAUCAUCACCAAUAGAUUUAAUGUAAAUCAGUAUUUAUUUAUAAGAGUCAAAAGCAAACAAUACAAUAUAAACAAUGAUGAUCUCACAAGUAUAUCUUGUGUGUUAAUGAUUAAGGUGAUAAUUAAGUAUAAUUGAUAAAUUGUAGACUGAAUUUUAUAGAGUGAGAGUCUGUAAUAUAUUUGUUUGGAAAAUUACCGACUCGUGAUUAAUAUCAACUAAUUAACUUUUUCUUUUGGACUUCAUUAUAAGUUAAUCAAUUCUCAUUGUAUUAUUAUUAAUUUUAAUUGAAAAAAAAAAUCUACUCACAAUAAAAAAAAAUUCACUUGAAAGUUAA